GUUCUGAAUAUAUAUAUGAACACCCGAUAGGAAAAUGCAGUCCAUUAUCGCACAUCAAUAUACUGAAUUUUGUGCUAUCGUAAAUUUGAGAUUUUGCAUCUACGAAGCCGUCCAGAAUGUCUGUCAGCGAUAUCUCUUUAGAAGACGCUAUCAGCUCAGGGAGUGAAUACCAAAUAGACACAGACCAAACUAGUACGACAGACUCUGCCAAAGGCAACCAGAAAUCCGGUCACCAAUCACGUCCGCGAGCGACAAGAAUGAAAAUCAGACAACAGCGAGCAGCGGUGCCGUUCACGUCUACUCCUACGGCAACGGCCUGUGCAAAUGCAGCAGCUUCAUUCCUGUUAUCAGACUGCGAAACUGAAGACGAUCAUCAGUUUAACCUUGACAAGAGAUGCUUUUCAGAGAAGCAACACACGGAAGAUAUUCUACAGAUAAUGGAAGAUGAAGCUGAUGGAGGACAAAAUGUGGAUUGCUAUUGGUGCCCUGAGACGAGAUGUCGCAAUGAGAGAUCGACAGAUUGCAGAUAUGCAAAAACAACUGGAGAGACUGCAGAGAGGAAGGGAUAG